AUCAAAUCACACAAUCCUGAGGUCUCCAAGGAAGCUCACCCAAGCGGCCACCGAAGCUCCUGAAGGCAAUCCAGGCACCCCGAGAUUCCUAAGGCAGGAAGGUCAAGCAAUUUUUGCCCCAAGCCUCUACAGCCUGAAUGUCUCUCUUCUUGCAGAAUGCAGACAUGACCGCCAUGCCUCUCUAGUGCAGGAAAGAAUUGCAAGAAAGGACCGGAAGGACCCCACCGCUACCACUGCCUUGGCUGAGAACCCCUCUUUCUCAAAGGUGCGUGCCCAAAACCAGGUUCUCCAAAUAAAGAUGUUCCACCUCUACAUCCAGAAGGAUUCCACUGCCGUCCAUGGAUGGAAGCCGUCACCACGGAUGAAAAGCCUCCUCAACUUGAAACGCCGUCAAGACGCUGCCCCCUCCAAGAAAGCUCUCUCUUUCGACGAGACAGCAAACAUGUCAGGGGUCACAAACCUUAUUACUGGGGGCUUAGCUGGCCUUUCCCCGUUCAAGGGGAAAAAGGAGCUCCCCUCUGCCAUGGAGACCGACCAGAAGGGCCCCACACUUGCGGAACUCUUCCAGGACGCCAAGGACGAGUCCGAGCUGCCCUCGGGAGGCCCCCCCUACAAGAAUCCGGAUCCCCUCCCCUGCGCAGUCGACGAGCUCAUAGAGGCAUCCGACCGCCUGCGCGAGAUGGCAAAGAAGCUGGCCCCCACGAUCGCCAUCGAGGCCAUGAUGGACGCACUCGGCUCCGCCUACGGGGGCUGUGUACUGGACGCCAGCCUGAAGAGCACAAUCCGGAUUGGACACAUCUACAGCGUCGCGGACAUCCCGGGCACAAAGGAGAAGGUGAUGGUGGUGGACAUCUUCGCCUGCAACCCCAAGCUCGCGGGCAAGAAGGCCGCAAAAGUCAUGAGCAACAUUGGCGUCAUCAGGGUGGCCGUUGAGGACGCGCUUGCCGAGAUCGACCCCGAGGACCAACCCCUAUGCGCGGCCCUACUGGCAUCAAACAUCGACCAGACCAUCAACAAGGACAGCCCGGUGAAGGCGUGGGAGACGCGGUUCCAUGCGGAGGCCCCGACCCAAGCCCUAGCGGCCCCCCCGCCCCUCAGCAGCAGCCGGACCCCCUCCCCAGACUUCAUCAUCGACCUGGUGGGGCUAGAGGAGACGAUGAUCCUGAGCUACACCUACAUGCAGGACGUCACAGCGGAGGAUUUCCAGCGCAUGACCACUCCGCCGCUGGAGGAGGUCAAGGGGUUCGUGAGCGCUGAGGACCUACCAGCCUCAGAGGGCCAGUCCGUGGGCAACAUUCGCCUCGUCUGGGAGGACUACACGGCGCCGCCGUCAUCAAGAAGGAGUACAGCGUCCGCCCAGCUCAGCACAAGUUCGAGGAGGACGUGUUUUUGGUACAAGACAACCAUGACGAUCAACGGAGGGACCCUCACCGAGGCGAACGUCACCGCCCUGCAGCAGCUGAUCCGCGAGCGCACCAAGGACCGCGGGGCGCAGCUGAUCCUGCUCACCGACCGGAGGGGCCCUCCCAAGCUGCAGCUCACAAUCUCGGAAGCAGACACGUACUUCAAGAUCGAUCAGGAGAAGAUCAGCGCGGUACUCGACGACGGCAAGACCUGGGUCCUCAAACCGCCGCGCGCAGAGCUGGGCCCCAUCUUCAACGACCCCAUGGCGCUCAUCAUCGAGAGCAAAGUCUUCCCGGGCCACAUCAAAUCGGCGGAUGUCCUCCGGGCCCUGCUACAGGCAGGCGCACCCCCCGAGACCACGGUCGACUACGUUUCUGUGGGCCGCGGCCGGCGUUUCUUCUUGGUGCAGAUUUUCAAGCCUCAGCUCUCGGCCAAGUUCUGGGUUGGCGGCCUGGAGAUGGGCUACGGCAAGGUUGUACCGGUGGAGCUGGCCUACCUGUGGAAAAGCGACGUGCUCCGAAGCCUGAUCCCAAACCUCUCACAGGAGAAGGCCUACGAUGCAGUGGUGAAGCAGAACCCCCGCCUGCUCAGCAGCAUCAUGGCUGCGAAGGACGCGCUCAGGGCAGCCGCCAAGGGUGCCCAAGGCGCGGAGGGGCCAGCCGAGAAGAAGCCGAGGCACAUGAAGGCGUACCAAUCCCUCACAUUCAAGUAG